CCUCCGGCUUCCCCUAACAGAAUUAUGGAUCCAAGCUUACUGAGAGAGCGAGAGCUGUUCAAAAAGCGUGCCCUCUCCACGCCGGCGGUAGAAAAACGUCCAGCGCCGUCUUCUGACUCCUCUUCCUCAAAAAAGAAGAAGGCAAAGGUAGAACAAGGCGGCUCCUCGAGCUCAAAACAAAACACAGAUCACAGCAAUGGAUCGUUUAACUUGAAAGCCCUUUCGGGAGGCUCUGGCUACAAAUUUGGAGUCCUCGCUAAAAUAGUGAAUUAUAUGAAGACUCGGCACCAGCGUGGUGAUACGCAUCCCUUAACCCUAGAAGAGAUUUUGGAUGAAACGCAGCAUUUAGAUAUUGGACUCAAACAGAAACAAUGGUUAAUGAGCGAGGCUCUAGUCAACAAUCCCAAAAUAGAAGUUGUAGAUGGGAAGUAUGCUUUCAAGCCCAAGUACAACUUGAAAGAUAAAAAGGCUCUGCUCAGGCUCUUGGACAAGCAUGACCAGCGAGGGCUGGGAGGAAUCCUCUUAGAAGAUAUUGAGGAAGGGCUGCCCAACGCACAGAAAGCGAUAAAGGCUUUAGGGGACCAGAUCAUCUUCGUUAAUCGCCCCGAUAAGAAGAAAAUUCUUUUCUACAAUGACAAGAGCUGCCAGUUUACUGUGGAUGAAGAAUUUCAGAAGCUGUGGAGGAGCAUUCCCGUGGAUUCUAUGGAUGAGGAGAAAAUCGAAGAGUAUCUGAAACGACAGGGUAUUUCUUCCAUGCAAGAAACCGGACCAAAGAAAAUAGUUCCUAUUCAGAGGAGGAAGAAACCCGCUUCUCAGAAGAAACGUCGCUUUAAGACUCACAAUGACCACUUGGCUGGAGUAUUAAAAGAUUACUCCGAUGUCGUUCCUGGCAAACAGUGACCGGUUGAGUUCUGGAGCAAACAUGCAUUUUUAUACACUCGAGCUCGGUGUCCGCUCGCAGGAAGACUGACUGUAUAUAGUAAUGUGAUGUGUUUCCCCCAUCCCAGCAGCUGCCGAGAUGGAACAGGUCAGUUUAAGAGCAAGUAUGAACUAUUAAAUUUAGAAUUUAAUUUAAUUAGCUAAUGGGAAAUGUGUCUUUAGGUAAGAGGUUCUCACCAGUUGCCUCUUGGCAUAGAGUGAUAAACAGUGCUCAGCAUGUAGUGCAGGAGUUCCUGGUCAGUGCUUCACUCUGCUUUUACAGUGCUUAAUGGGUAUUUACCUGAAAUUCCUU